GUUUUUUUUAGUGUGUUCGUCGUGUUUUGUGUGAAACUACAAUACUAAAAUAAAUAUGCUGAAAUUCGUUCUUCCUUGCCUGGCGCUUUUGGCCUUAACCAGCGCACUCAAAAUCCAUGAAUACGAGCAUGAGGAGCAUUCGAAAUAUGAGCCGGAGCAUGAGGAGACCGAGGUGCAUCACGAGGUCGAUCAUAAGCAUGCGACAUCGCAUCAGAGCGUCAAAUUCCAUCAUUAUCAUGCCGUGCCCGUCUACAUCAAGAAGGAGGAUCAGCAUUUGGUGAAGAAACCCAUCGAAAUUGGCGGCACCAAGCAAAAGUUGAAGAUCCUGCAUCCCAAGACUGAACACAAUCACAACCACGGCUUGGUUCUGGAGAAUCACAGCGAAUCGCAUCUGCACGAGCAUGGACACUACGAGGAGCCAGUGCAUCAUUCCGAGCACUACGAGCAUUAUUCGCAUCAUGAAUAAGUCUGUUCGGGGCUUUGGUUCAUCUUUUCCAUUUUUGCCAAAUAAUGUUUAAUGUUGCCUCACACCUUGCGUGUGAGAUUCUGAUUCUUAUGUUUAAGGCUUUGUUUUUUUUCUUCGAUUCUAUGUGAAAUAAAAAAUUUGCCCAGAGUAUUAUUAAAAACACAA